CCUCCCUCCAACAGGAAGUCAGAGAGUGACACCAUAAAGCGGGUGCCAUUUGAGAAACCUCCGUUUACUCUGAGUCAGAUCAAGAAGGCCAUUCCACCUCACUGUUUCAAGCGCUCUGUUCUCCGCUCAUUCUCCUAUGUUGUUUAUGACCUCACCAUAGCCUUCUGUCUCUACUAUGUUGCCACCCAUUACUUCCACCACCUUCCCCGUCCUCUCUCUCUCUUGGCAUGGCCACUCUACUGGGCUGUCCAAGGUUGCAUCCUCACUGGCGUUUGGGUCAUUGCCCAUGAGUGUGGCCACCAUGCAUUCAGUGACUACCAGCUGCUCGAUGAUAUUGUUGGCCUUCUUCUCCACUCUUUUCUCCUAGUCCCCUAUUUUUCAUGGAAAUACAGCCAUCGCCGCCACCACUCCAACACGGGUUCUCUUGAGCGAGAUGAAGUGUUUGUGCCAAAGCAGAAGUCCAGCAUGAAGUGGUACUCUAAAUACCUUAACAAUCCACCAGGCAGAGUCAUCACACUUGCUAUCACCCUCACACUUGGUUGGCCCUUGUACUUGGCUUUCAAUGUUUCAGGCAGGCCUUAUGAAAGGUUUGCUUGCCACUAUGACCCCUAUGGCCCCAUUUACUCUGAUCGUGAACGCCUUCAAAUAUAUAUAUCAGAUGCAGGAGUACUUGCAGUAUGCUAUGGCCUUUUCCAUCUUGCCAUGGCAAAUGGGCUUGCCUGGGUCUUGUGUGUUUACGGAGUUCCAUUGCUAGUGGUGAAUGGAUUUUUGGUGUUGAUUACAUACUUGCAGCAUACUCACCCUGCAUUGCCACACUACAAUUCCUCUGAGUGGGACUGGUUGAGAGGAGCAUUGGCAACAGUGGAUAGAGAUUACGGAAUCCUGAACAAGGUCUUCCAUAAUAUUACG